AAUAAUAGGCUGAUUUCAACAAGUUCUCGGGACAGGCCUUCAAGUCUCUCAAUAGCUUGCAUGGGCCCGCAGCGGACCGACUCAAAUGACUCUAAACUAUUGCCCCACGGAGAGAUUCAUACCUGCUGUGUUUUUGCAAGUCAGAUAUGUGUGUAUGCUAAACCAUGGGCCCUCGGCAGCGUGAAGAUAUUACUCGAUGGACAAAGGCUCUUCUUCUACUGUACCUGACUUUGGAGAUCCGCGUCGUAGCGAGCUGGAUGUACCUCGGUGUUGCGUCCCUGGCAGGGGCACUUCACGACGACUCCUGCAACGACCUUCCAGGGCUAGUGGUCCAACAGCAAGAAGUGUGCCGCAAGAACCCCCAAUCUCUCUUGUGCAUCAGUGACGGGGCUCGACGGGGGAUUCUGGAGUGCCAGAAACAGUUCAAAUACGAGCGCUGGAAUUGCACUGCCCGGAUCAGGAACAACACAGUAUUUCAAACAGUCCUCAAGAAAGGUACACGAGAGACAGCCUUCAUUUACUCGAUCCUCAGUGCAGGCGUGGUGCACGCUGUGACGAUGGCCUGCUCGGCCGGGAACUUGACUGACUGCUCAUGUGAUAUGUCCAAUUACGGAGAAGCCGAUGUCGAAGGAUGGAAGUGGGGCGGCUGUAGCGACAACAUCAACUACGGAAUAUGGUUCAGUCAAAAGUUUGUGGACGCGCCGGAUAAAACCAGACAUAAAGACACCUGGGAUAUCAGGAAUAAGAUGAACCUCCACAACAACGAAGUCGGGCGGAAGGCGGUGGAGACUUUGAUGAAACAGAAGUGUCGCUGCCAUGGCGUUUCCGGUUCAUGCGCAGUGAAAACAUGUUGGAGAGGGCUACCAACGUUCAGAGAAGUUGGAAAUGUGUUAAAAGUCGGAUAUGAAAAGUCUGUUCGACUUGCAUCAAGGUCCAGGAAAAGGUUACGUCGCCGGGACAAGAUCAGGCGCCGAGUGCCUAUAACCGCCACAGAACUAGUAUAUAUGCACAAAUCGCCCAACUACUGCCGGAAGGACAUAAAGCGGGGAAUUCUGGGUACCAAUAGUCGACUGUGCAAUCGAACGUCGACGGGAUCUGACAGUUGUGAUCUUCUAUGCUGUGGGCGUGGUUAUAACACCCAGGUCGUCACAUAUGUAGAACGAUGUCAUUGUAAGUUCUUCUGGUGUUGCUACGUUGAGUGUAAGACCUGUGAGACGGAAAUUGACCUAUAUACGUGCAAGUGAUGCGCUUACUCCCGACAUGUGGCUUAAUUCAAAACGGGUCCACCAUGGUCCAGUAUGGAGAUGGUAGCUUGGUGUGUUCAAGAACGGAUUCAAGUGCAAUUACAGGAAGGGAGACGGCAAUACAUGAUAUACAGGAAAUGACGUUGGAUCAUGUGACAGGUGGAAGAGAAUACCACGUGAUAUGUGCCGAUUCUUGUGAUUGCAGAGGAAGAUUCUGUUACAUAUUCGCAAGGAACCCUGGGUAGUUUUGUUAAACGCUAUGACUGUGGUUACUGAACUAUGAUAUUAGAAAAAGCAGAAACACGAUAUUUAUGCAAAAUAUUCUUGUUGCCUCAGGUCGGUGCGAGUGAGACUCACUUUAGCAAUACGUUUGUUGUAGGCGCGUAACAUCCGAACUCGACGACUACCUGAUCGUAUAACAAUGCAUAUUUCAUACUCGGACAAAAACCAUUGACACACAGUGUGUUGUGUCGACAUAGUUCACGUCUCUGUUCUGUAGACCCGGAUUUGGGACGAAGAGACAAUUUGGAGAUUAUUUGAUAUUUCCCGUCGUACCUUUCUACCGGAUGUUGUGUGUCCGAGUCAGCUGUAAUAUAUUUGUGUGUAGUCCUGUGUUACAAUGUUCCCAGCAUGCUAUUUAUUUCACAAGAUGUAAACAUUCUAUUCAAUCAUUGUUAAUAUUUCAAGUGUCGUCUGACGCUUGCUGUAUGUUUUAUGUCACCUUGGCAAAUCAUAUUAUAUAUUGCCUGUAAAUAGAGCUCAAUAUAGAAAAAUUAAAUGUUCGUUAUCGUUUUUGCCCAUUACUAGUUUGUAUGCGAUCCGAAGCUCAGGGAUAAAAUUUAACAAAUUCAGUUGUAUAUAACGCCGCCUUUUACAGUUUAUCGGUAUUGAAAUCAACGCAUACCAAAGGUGAGGCAUGCAUUCUACUUUGGCAAUACCCGUGGCAAGGACUGAAAGACAAAGAUUCGUAACGGACAGGUCAUUUUAUAUUUCGGGGGUGCCUACUAGGAUAUGGAAACAAUAUCUAAUUUCAUUUUAUUAUGUGUUAUUUACAGACACGUAUUGAGGCUUCUAAACAGAAACACGUCGUGUUUUUCAGCAGUUGUUGAAAUAAUAAUGUCUCCAUACAAAAUCCCAGGCGCCCCCCAGAAUAUCAAACGAUCUGUCACAAAUCGAUUCGAUUCCGAGAUUCGAACCAACAUUCAGGGGAUCCUUUCAACUUCAGGACCUCUGCCCACUGGGCACCCAGUUUAUAUGUGAGGCCACAGAGUACAGUGGAUAACGUUAUCUACGAAUCUUUUUAAGUGAGGGUUUCUGUCAGUGAAAAGGUACUUGAAUGUUGCAAACGUUAUCUCCGAACAGCGUUGAGUUAUAUCCCUGACGCUUCGCAACUGGCACGCCUACUGGUUUAUCUAAAGACAAGUACUUCAAUGAGUACGAUUGUUUCUAUCAAGGCUCUCAUUAGAAAUCCAACCCAAUGAAACCCACAGAUGAGGGCGAGUUACAGGUAAAGACACGUGGACGUGUAUUAUAACUGGGUCUUUCUCUUAAAUCAAAAUGCUUAUUAUUGUAUCUGUAACUUAUCAACUAGACAUGGAAUCGAAACUGAGAAUAAAUUCUCAUAUGUAGUU